UUUGAAAAUAUCAAAAUGUAUUUUUGUGACACUUUAGUUUAAUAACAUCCCACAAAAUUCUAACAUUCAUUUUUUAUAGAAAUAUACUUAACUACUUACCUUACUAAUAAUAAACAUAAGUACUACCACCUAUCUAGGUACUCCCUGAUAAAUGCUAAUGAAUGACCGUACAUAAAUGAAAAACCUUAACUACUUACUUCAGGCUUUUUGAGAAUUAUUAACUUUUACAAACCACACUCAUGGCUGUAACAAUGGAACUGGAGGAGACGGCUUCCGACUCGAAACUGCUGAAAGAGAGUGUAACCAAGAAAGAGUUUCGGCCAGCCAGCGCCGUUUCCUACUCAAAGUCGGAAAAAGCCUCAGAAUCAACAUCCAGCGAUCAACUAAAACAGUUCAAGAGUUGGGUUAGCAACGAGCGAUGGAAUGAACUGAAAAAAAUUGCCGAAACGGCCAUGAAGGAACGAAAAGUUUUCAUGAUCAAAGGAGGGGGAUUCCCUGCGGUUCGGAGGGCGCUUCUCGACCGAGGCUGGGUUGAAAAAUAUGAGUCACACAAGGUUCGUCAUCCACCUGUUAACGUUGAUCCCAAAAAAGUUGGCGGAAAAGAACUAACUAAAGUGGAACGGCUAAUCCUGUAUAAAUUUAUGGAGCAUCAUUCUGUCGACUUUCUCUGGACGACGAAGAGAGACAAAUAUGAUUGGUUGCUAAGCAACAAGGACGUUAUGAUAAGCAGAUUUUGUAGAUCUGUUUUCACUACAAAAGAGGGAUUGACGGCGUCACUAACACAAAUGCACUGGUACACAGAGCCGGGUGUCGCGCUGACUCGGUUCCCUCGGUGCUACAAUAUCUACAGCUCCGAUAAUUUAGAGGAGUUCAUCGAUGACUUCCGAAUCACUGCAUGCAUCAGUACACUGAAAUGGUUGUCUAUCACCGUCAACUCAGAUACAGAGGAAAAUAUGAUGCAUCCAAAUGGAAAAGUGCCGCUUUCUGCUAUUGACUUUGCUAUGUCAAGGCUCAAUGAGUACAUAAAAUUUUUCACACAUAAGGAUAUUGAUGAAACUGAAGAUCAAGUACACGUAUGGGAGCACGAGUGGGAUCAAUUCCUUACCCAUCAUUAUCUCCUAGUACAUGAAAAAGCUAAAUUAGUUGAAGAUAAAAAUGCUAACAUAAGGCAAUUGGAGAAAAAAGGAGCAAAAAUCCUCAGUACCAUGAAUAAGUAUUGGCCCCAAAUAGAUAUCGAUGGUAUUUACAACAUAUGGAUCGUAAAACCUGGCAAUAAAUGUCGAGGAAGAGGCAUUCAACUAAUGAAUAACAUAAAAGAUAUUAUAGGUCUCCUCAAUAUUCCUGCUGCUCAAAAAACAAGAUACGUAGUUCAAAAAUAUAUAGAGAAUCCUUUAAUUAUUUACAAUACAAAAUUUGAUAUAAGGCAAUGGUUUCUGAUAACAAACUGCCAACCGCUGACAAUAUGGGUGUACAAGGAUAGCUAUUUAAGGUUUAGCUCUCAAAUGUUUACUUUGUCUAACUAUCACGAAUCUGUCCACCUCACUAACAAUGCUGUCCAACACAAAUAUAAAAACAACGCAGAGCGAGACAAGGCACUACCAGAUGAAAAUAUGUGGGACUGCCAUAGUUUCAAGGCUUAUUUAAGGCAGAUAGGUAAAUUUGAGAUGUGGGACUCUAAAAUAUAUCCCGGCAUGAAGCAAUCACUGAUCGGUGCUAUGCUAGCUUGCCAAGAAACCAUGGAUAAGAGGCAAAAUAGUUUUGAGCUGUAUGGUGCCGAUUUCAUGCUGACUGAAGAUUUUACACCAUGGCUCAUUGAAAUUAACUCCAGUCCUGAUUUAGCUCCAACUACGUCUGUCACGGCGCGACUAUGCCCGCAAUGCCUGGAGGAUGUUGUUAAAGUUGUUCUUGAUCGUCGACAAAGUCCGGAUGCCAGCACUGGCACAUUUGAAUUAGUCUACAGGCAGUCCAUUCCAAAAGCGCCUGCCUAUCUUGGCUUGUCCUUGUGUAUUACGGGUAAAAAGCUCUUUAAGAAACCAAAAGAGAAAAGACAUGAACCACGUUGUGCUACACCUGUAGCCCCAAGAGCUACUUCUGGUGAUACUAUAGCUAUGAGAGAUCAGCCUAUACCCAAUGAAUAUAGUGGACCCAUUAUUACGGAUUUCCUAUCAUGGUUAAACCCCUAUGAUGCACUGCCAACAAACAAGGAUGGUAUCCUUUUGGGACCAAAAGAUUCUCUUACGGACCACAAAAGGGAGGCGAGAAAGAAAUACAGAAUGUAAGCGUCGGAUCGUCCCACACUCUUGCUGUCAACCUGAUGAAGCCCAACCACCAAAAUUGAAUAAUAAAUACCGAACAGAGUCAGCAAAAUCAGAGAAGCCCAAAGUGGACCGGUCAGUGGGUAACAAACGGUGCUAUAUAGACCCGGAUGAAUGGGAGCGAGAAACGGCUAGUAUUCUACGCUCUACUAUUUCUGUCCAAAACAAAAUGGUUAACAAGCCAGAUACAUUCCUACCAAUACGCCAGUCUAAAUCUGGGAUAGUCAAUGCUUUCGGUAAACCUAUACUAGAAUCUAUGUCAUCUAGAAUGUGUGUGGAUGACGGAGAUCCAAUCAAAAAGUUAAGUGCUAUAGGCAGAAGCAUUUGCAAAAUGCGACUACAAGCAAAAUCUCAUGAGUCAUCAAAUGUUUCCACUAACAUAUCGUCUAAAUAUGCCCCCUACCGUGUUGUUAUUUCCCCUAUCAAUGAUAAUGAUAAAAUAAAAGCAUUUAGUACUAGAAAAGAUACAAACUAUUAAAUAGUGGUAGGUAAUGAUAAGUAGAUGGUAAAAUCGAUGUAUUUUUUUAAUACUAGGUAAACUGUUUAAAAUUUAUAUUAGGUAUCUACGGUUUUAAACUUUAAAUGAUUGAGAGAUUCAUCACCUCUGAUUGAUGUUAAAUAUUAUUGUAUAGGUAUGUCUAAAAAUAUAGUAAGAAGCUACAAGCUGAAUUAAAAUAGAUAUAUUUUCAUGCUUAAAAACCUUUUAGUACCUACCUAUCUGAAGUACUAUUCACUGACUAACAAAGUUCAAAACUGUUCAAAAAAUAUUAUGUAAGUAUACAAAAUGAGUACUUACGUAGAUUUAGGUCAUAUUCUACCAUAUAUAUUUUUUAGAUAUUAUAAUGAUGGUAGAAUGAGAUUGCCAUGCUUAAUGUGUUCACUUUAAAAUAGAUUCCCUCCUACCUUUAAUUAUUCGGAUUAGGUAUAAUAUUUACAUUCUGUUAAUAACACUGAAAGAAGAAAUUAAACCAUGAAAUUACCUACUUAGGUACAUAUUUAUAACUAUUAAAAUGUUUUGAAAAUGAUUGAAAUUAUGUACUUA